CAUCUUGAUCCCCAACCACCACGACCAUCCUCGCAACCUCAUCUCAGAGCGCCCGCACCACGAACUUCAGCGCACAGCGUCUGUCGACAACAACAGCAGCACCACCGAUACUACUUGUGCGCCGCCUCUCUGCCUACUACCGCCCAUCAGCAACAGCAUCAACACCAGCGUCACCAGCUAGCCAGCCAGCCUCCUCGCUGCUACAAGUCGACAUCUUUUGCUCUUGUCGACUCGAACUUGCUCCCGUACAGUCACUGGCCUAGCCUUGCCCACUUCCCUCCCAUCCUCCUAUCUCCACACUCUCGUCGCCAUGUCAUCCUCAGGCCCUGCGCAAGGCCAAAGCGAGGCGCAAUGGAGGGCCGAGAUCAUGAAGAAUGUCAAGCGAGACGAGCGACCGCAGACGGACGACGUCCUCAAGACAAAAGGUAACGACUUCGAAGAUUUCUACCUCAAGCGCGAACUUCUCAUGGGCAUCUUCGAAGCUGGGUUCGAGAAGCCCUCGCCCAUCCAAGAAGAAGCCAUCCCCAUUGCCCUCACCGGUCGAGACAUCCUUGCACGAGCAAAGAACGGCACAGGAAAGACGGCAGCAUAUGUCAUCCCAUCUCUCGAGCGACUCAACACCAAGAAGAACAAGAUCCAAGCUGUUCUCCUCGUUCCCACUCGUGAGCUCGCUCUGCAGACUUCACAAGUGGCCAAGACAUUAGGCAAGCACUUGGGCGUGGAGAUCAUGGUCACGACGGGGGGUACGACGCUCAAGGAUGAUAUCCUCAGACUGAGCCAGACGGUUCACAUCCUCGUUGGCACACCCGGCAGAAUUCUCGACUUGGCGGGCAAGGGUGUUGCCGACCUGAGUCAGUGCACCAAUUUCGUCAUGGACGAAGCCGACAAGCUCCUCUCCCCCGAGUUCACCCCUGUCAUGGAGCAGCUGCUUAGCUUCCUCCCCAAGGAGAGGCAAGUCAUGCUCUUCAGCGCCACCUUUCCUCUUAUCGUCAAAGACUUCAAAGACAAACACAUGGUCAAGCCCUACGAAAUCAACCUGAUGGACGAGCUUACCCUGCGCGGUGUCACGCAAUACUAUGCAUUCGUCGAAGAGAGACAAAAAGUGCACUGCCUCAACACGCUCUUCUCGCGCUUGCAGAUCAACCAAUCUAUCAUCUUCUGUAACUCGACAAAUCGCGUCGAGCUCCUCGCAAAGAAGAUCACGGAGUUGGGCUACUCUUGCUUCUACUCGCAUGCAAAGAUGCUUCAAGCACACCGCAAUCGCGUCUUCCACGACUUCCGCAACGGGGCGUGCCGCAAUUUGGUCUGCUCUGACUUGCUCACUAGAGGUAUCGACAUCCAGGCCGUCAACGUAGUCAUCAACUUCGACUUCCCAAAGAAUGCAGAGACGUACCUGCACCGUAUUGGUCGUUCAGGUCGAUUCGGUCACUUGGGUCUCGCGAUCAACCUCAUCACGUACGAGGAUCGAUUCCAUCUGUUCAACAUUGAGAGGGAGCUGGGCUGCGAUAUCGGCCCCAUCCCGUCGACAGUUGACAAGAGGCUGUACGUUGCGCCGUCACUCAUGGGUGACCAGUCGCAGCCGCAGCAGCAGAAGGGUAAUGGCGCUGGUGCAGGGCCGGCCAAUGGACACCAGGCGGGUAUGCCCAUGGUGCCGCCGACUCAAGCUGUAAUGCACGCCAGCGCUAUCCCGCAGAAUGAGAACUUCACCCAGAGCGUACCUCACCGUGGUGGGCGACGACCGCAGCAGGGGCCGCAAGGAGGUCAAGCAGGGUCGCCGGCCGCUGCUCGCUCGUAGAGAGCUCGACACGACAACACGGCUUCUUCACUCAGGCUCGCUCUCUGCAACGACUCGAACCCACUACCACGCCGUGAGCUCAAGCUAAGCCAAUCGUCUCCUGUGUUUC